AUUUCAUUUAAGGCCCUUUCUAAAGGUUUCUAAGAUAUCCUGCUUACUCAGUGAAAUCUCAGACCUGGCAACCCACAGCUGCUGCUCAGCUCCUGUCUCUCUGGUCCAGCCAGCCCACGUAUGCGCAGCAAAACCAGCCUAUCACCAUAACAAAAUGCCUCUUGCCAGAGAUCUCCUCCACCCUUCUAUUGAGCAUGAGAGAAGACAACAUAAAAAGAAAAGACUUGUUCAAAGUCCCAACUCCUACUUUAUGGACGUGAAGUGCCCAGGUUGCUACAAGAUCACCACAGUGUUCAGCCAUGCUCAGACAGUGGUGCUCUGUGUGGGAUGUGCAACCGUGUUGUGCCAGUCAAAAGGAGGAAAGGCCAGACUGACAGAAGGUUGCUCUUUCAGGAGGAAGCAGCACUAAAAAGGGAUUGCACACUAAAUCAUGUCUGUAAUGAAGCCAUGCUGUUGAUAAAUCCCUUAUUUUUCCAUUGAUUACAAUGCAGUUGUGCAUUCAUGAAUGGCAGGUUCUGUCACUGUACAGAUGUCCAACUUUUAUGAUACAUUUAUAAACUAGCAAAAUUUUUAACAUGCAAGAUGAUUAAAAAGUAAGAUCUUAUUAAGUCAAUAAAGAAAUCUGUUGUAAAAGUU